GUGAAAAAGUAGAACAAACACACAGAGAAUGAAACACAAACUCAGUCACAAUUAAAAGCUAAAGAGUAAAAAUGUGUUUCAGUUUUAAAAAUGUCGAGUGUUGGAGAGAUGAUGACCAGGCUGUUCCAAGUUUGGGCGCAGCAAAGGCCCGCUCUCCUCUGCGUUUCUCCUGUGGUGCAUGCUACAACAUCCUGUGACUUUCCCAGGAAUGACCCGCGCUCGUGAUUCUCCAACAGCUUUGUCCCCGUCAGAAAUCCUACAGCAGGCAAGCGGUCCGUCUGUCUUCUCUCACUUCACAGCACCAGAGUUACUAUCAGGCUUGGUUAAAUAUUCUAGCGCUGACCGUCGCCCGACUCUGCCGUUAAAUAGCUCUGAUGAUUGCAAACAGCUGGAAACAGCUUCCGGGUCAGAUGCCCUUCAGCACCUGACUUCCAUAAACAACCCCAGAAAUGGAGAGGGAGAAAAAACAGGAAAGAAAAAACCCUCAAAACAAAACCCACAGGCAGGUCGGGGAACGUCCGAUCGUGUCACGUCUUUACUCUGGCUUUUAUUAUUUUCUGUUUCAUCCAUUUCUUCCUUCUUUCCUUCCUUCUAUCUUUCCUUUGCUCCCUCAUCCAGCUUCUGUGUGCUGUUCAGUCUUUCCUUCGAUUUCCUUCGAUGCUUUGAUCCUUUCUCACUGUGACUUUAUUUGCUCUUCUUUCCUCCUGAUUGAUCUCACAGAUUCCCGUGUUUGUGCUCGUGGAAAUGGACGCCUCUGUCGUCACGCUCAGCCGAGCCGCAGUAAUGCCCCAUCGACGCACUUCUCCUUCUUCUUCACGCUGUUUGCGUCGAACGCGCUCUGAAGUGCGGCCGUGAACAUUUCGAGUUCCGCUUCCGAACAAACUCUGAGUGAAACUGACGAUCAUCAUCAGCUGUGUCAUUAAAGCAGCACUUCAGCGUUAGGAAGGAAGUCUGGAGUAUCCGAGGAAUUUCAUCCCUGAGCAAGGCCACAGCAGCGAUUGUUGAUUGUUCAGCUGCGCAUCCUCUCUGCAGAGGCCCAGGAUGUGGAAUGGGCGUGUAGGCCACAGCUUUAUGUUAAACAUCCUUUCUUAUUUUCUUUCUUUAACCUAAAGCAGUGAUUACCUCGUCCUAUCAAGUCUUUCGGCUGCCUCUCCAGAGAGGCCGAGGCACUCCGCCUGCACCGCUAGUUGUCGUUCUUCUCUCAGCCUAUCAGAACCUGGACGUAUCUCCACCUGACGGAGAAACUGAGUCUGAGAUCCUCUCCGAACGACGACGAGGUAAAUGGUGACCGGUUCGGCCUGGAGGGAAGACUUGAGCUUGUUGUAUUUCAAAAUGGAAUUUCAAAAUAAGAGUGAGGAGAUCGUUUAAUUAACUCGAUCGCUGGAGGUGUGAUCUCUCUCUCUGAUGGAUUAAAACUAAAGAUAUACCCAUACCUGUGCAGCCCAGCACUACCUGUGUGUGUGAACCACUGAGUGUUGUGGCUGUGACAGGGGGAGGGGCUAAAAUAGCUCACUUCAGAGGCGGGAACUGAGGGAUAAAAAAGGUUUAACUGGAUAAGCUGAAAACCAUGUGUUUCACACAAACGCUUUUUUCUAUCUAACAUUCACACGCAGUAACGCAGACUGGGGAUCAAACCACCAACCUCACCAUCAGUAGGUGACUUGCUCCACCCCUAACUCCUCUGGUAAAGUCUCAGUAAACUCCAGCUGUAAGUCCAGCUGCCCGAGGACCCGAGGAAGAAGAGUGUUAUUCCGAGCAGACGUGAGUCCCCGACGGCCGUGACGCUGACGGAAACUGUCUCAUGUUUUUGUCCUGCAGGUUUGAGAAGGAGUCAGCACAGACACAGGACCAGUCCAGCGCCACCGCCAUGCCUUCCAACAAAUACUCUGCUGCUAUCAUGGAGGAGAGGAACAACAUGACGGCCACAGCAGCGGUGAACGGGGACACGCCUCCAGCUGAGGGCCUGUCCGAGAAUGACAGCGGAGUGGAACUGACCAGUGAGAACAGCCCCCUGACUGCGGCCGAGCCGCCUUCACCCUUCAGCCCCAAACAGAACGGAGACGCUGCCUCGCCUCAGGAUGGUAACCAGUGCUCGAGGGGAAGCAGGAAGAGGAGCAGGAAGAGACGCGAGGACGAGGAAAGCACCUGGGACUCGGACAAGUCUUCAGGAGCGUCUCAGCUGGGCUUGAGACAGACGCCUCGACCCAGAACCAUCUUCCAGGCCGGCCUGACGCCGCACACACACGGCAAGCCUCGCAGACAGAGCCGCAAACAGGAGCACGGCACGUCUCCGUGUCCCGGGAAUCCUCGGGCAGCUGCGGUCGGGUCCGGCGGGGUCCCGGAGACCCCUCGACUGGAGCUCAUGGAACAAGACUCCAAAGACUCGGCCCAGAGCACCAGCACCUCGUCCAGCUCUGAAACUAAGCAGGAGUACAGCGACAACAAGGGCUUCGGGAUUGGCGAGCUGGUCUGGGGGAAGAUCAAAGGCUUCUCGUGGUGGCCGGGGAUCGUGGUGACGUGGCAAGCCACCGGCAAGCGGCAGGCCAGCCACGGCAUGAGGUGGCUGCAGUGGUUUGGGGACGGGAAGUUCUCCGAGGUUUCUGCAGACAAGCUGGACUCCCUCACCGCCUUCCCCAAGUUCUUCAGCCAGGCUUCCUACACCAAGCUGGCCUCGUACCGCAGGGCGGUGUUCCAGGCGCUGGAGAUGGCGAGCAUCCGAGCAGAGAAAACGUUUCCUCCCUGCAAGUCGAAUAGCCCAGAGGACCAGGUCAAACCCAUGCUGGACUGGGCCAAUGGGGGCUUCCUGCCCAAAGGAGAGGAAGGACUGAAGCCCACACACAGUGCCAACAGUAACCCUCUGGAGCACCACGUCCUCGACGUGUCCCUGUCCGAGUACUUCCCCAGCGCAAAGCGGCCCAAACUCAGCCUGUGUAAGAGCAAGGCCGCCCCCGAGGAGCUGUGCAACAGAGAACAAAUGGUGAAUGAAGUUCUGAAGAAUAAAAGAAGUAUUGAAGAGUUUUGUCUCUCCUGUGGGAAGACGAGUGCAACCUUCCACCCGCUGUUUGAAGGAGGCUUGUGCCUAACAUGCAAGGACGUGUACCUGGAGAUGUCCUACAUGUACGACGACGACGGUUACCAGUCUUACUGCACCGUUUGCUGCGGCGGUCGAGAGGUUCUGCUCUGCGGCAACGUGAACUGCUGCAGGUGUUUCUGCGUGGACUGUCUGGACAUCCUGGUGGACCCGGGUGCGUCCGACCAGGCGCGCUAUCUAGACCCGUGGCGAUGCUACAUGUGCCAGCCGCUGCUGCAGUACGGCGUCCUCAAACGACGGCACGACUGGAGUCUCAAGCUGCAGGAGUUCUUCGCCAACGAUAACGGACAGGAGUUUGAGAAACCAAAGAUUUACCCAGCAGUCCCUGCAGAGCAGAGACGACCAAUCAGAGUGCUGUCCCUGUUUGACGGCAUUGCCACAGGCUACCUGGUUCUGAGAGAUCUGGGUUUUAAGGUGGGUCAGUAUGUGGCGUCGGAGGUGUGCGAGGACUCCAUCUCAGUGGGCGUCGUCAGACAUGAAGGAAAGAUCAAGUACGUCCACGAUGUGAGGAACAUCACCAAGAAAAAUAUUCAGGAGUGGGGUCCGUUUGACCUGGUGAUCGGAGGAAGUCCCUGCAACGACCUCUCCAUCGUCAAUCCUGCCAGGAAGGGCCUGUACGAAGGCACGGGCAGGUUGUUCUUCGAGUUUUAUCGACUUCUGAGCGAAGCCAAGCCCAAGGAGGGCGAGAACCGCCCAUUUUUCUGGAUGUUUGAGAACGUGGUCGCCAUGGCCGUUAACGACAAGAGGGACAUCUCGCGGUUCCUGGAGUGUAACCCUGUGAUGAUUGAUGCCAUCGAGGUCUCUGCUGCUCACCGCGCUCGAUACUUCUGGGGAAACCUGCCGGGGAUGAACAGGCCUCUGUGCGCCUCAGGGAUGGACAAGCUACAGCUGCAGGACUGUCUGGAUCACGGCCGAGUGGCAAAGUUUGGAAAGGUGCGCACCAUCACUACUCGCUCCAACUCCAUCAAACAGGGGAAAGACCAGCACUUCCCCGUGCUGAUGAACGGGAAGGAGGACAUCCUGUGGUGCACCGAGCUGGAGAGGAUUUUUGGUUUCCCCGUCCACUACACUGACGUGUCCAACAUGGGUCGCGGCGCCCGGCAGAAGCUCCUGGGCCGGUCUUGGAGCGUCCCCGUCAUCAGGCAUCUGUUCGCUCCGCUCAAAGACUACUUUGCCUGUGAAUAAGAAGAAAGCCGCCAUCACCAGCAAACACACACACACCAGCUUUUUUAUCAAGAACCGUCAGCAGCCAGCCGUUUCCUCCCCUCCGUCGAACAUUUUGGAAGGCAAAUGGCCGGUUUGACAAAACAUCAGCGCGGCGGGGAAACGGUUCGAGAUGCUGCCUGGAUUCUGCCUUAGAUCCACAUAACACACACUAACACAGAUUCACAGCUUAGGGAAAGAUGUUGGCUGCCCUGGAAACAGAGGGGGCGGAGUCUAGUCAGGUGAGCAAAGGUGAGAUGGAUAAGGAGGCCAGUAGGGCGAGUCGCCAUUCCUCGGGGAGUUAAAAGGGAACGAUGACACCCACGCCUUUGCUUUGUUAACAUUAGGACUGUAGCGUGACUUUAAUAGGAUUUUAGCUUCAUUUAAACGCCCUUGGAAGGCAUCGUUUUUAAGAUAACACCUAGAAGUUUUAGAAGAUGGAGAACGGCGUAGUAGCGAGCUUUCAAUCUCAAACAAAAACACUUUAAAAGUGACUUGAACCAAAGGCGGAGCUGACGUCCUGUUCCUGUUUCAUCCGCCAAGGUCAGCUCGCCGUAAUGAUGCUGUGGCUUCUGGUCCAAACUUUGCGAGUGCACUCGACAGUAAAACUGCUGCAGGAUGUUUUUAAAGGACCAACCUAAGAAACCCUCAUUGGGGAAAACCAUUGAUCGGUAUAAGCUACUGACCUGAAGCUAACCUGGAAACAUGAGACGGGAUUUAGCUUUAUAUUUAGAUCACUUUAUAUUGAUAGAUUUUGUUGAUUUUAGGAAAUAAAAGUACUUUUUGUUUAUUCCUUUUUAUAUUAGCACACUAGUUUCAAGUGGCUGUAUUUUACUUUUUCGUUGUUCCUCUGACUUUCAGUCUGUUCAAGGGUUUUUGCAUGUUAAAGGUUUGCAAAGUCGAACCCAAAGAAAACACUGCUGCUGAACUGCCUCACACGCCUCAUUUGUAGUCCAGACUUUUCUCUGUCACCACGUAACUCGCUGGUGUAACAGCUGUUAAACCGGUGCGUAGUCAGGAAUGCUCAAAGAAAUGACAAAAGAAGAAGUUAGUUUAGUGUUAGUUUGGUGGUAAAUGGUGUUUGAAUGUUUUAAUACAGCCAAAAACUUCAUAGAGCUAAUUAAACAUUCGCAUACAUUUCAAAAAAGGGAAGAAAUAGGAAGCUAUUUACACCAAAGUAAAGCUUUCCAAAUUCAGAGCUAAUACUCUGGAGGCAUAACAGCAAUGUCACCUGACUCAAUCAGUAUUCUCAUCAGUGAUAUUUGAAUGUAAAAAUAUUUUGAAAAACAAAUGAUAAACAAUGGCUUGGAUACAAAGUUAAAAGUCACAGAAAAGUCUGCUGGUUACAUAUGUAACAAGCUCUGGAUGAAUCUGACCAAUCGGAGCAGGCCACAGAGAGUCCUCACAGCUCCUUUUUAUAGCAGUGGUUAAAAAAGUAUCACUUUAUCACACAAACUGACCAAUCAGAGCAGACUGUGCUUGUCAGGAAGGAGAGAGCCUUAAAAACAAGCGUUUAGGUCAAAGGUUGAACAGGUGUGCAGUAUGAAAAGAUGCGUUUUAUUUUGAGUUUGUAGCGAGCGUGAUGUGGGCGCGCUCAGGAUGUUGUCACGGUGAUCUCUUCAUCUCUUCAGUAUCUCUUUGGAUACUUGAAACAAGCUGAUGCAGAAAGACAAAAACUGAAAGGCAGAGGGGGGGGGGCUCAUCUUCUGUUAAUGUCUGCAGACAGCUGAUGAAUGCAGUUAUGACGUUUAUGCUACUGUAGAUGUUUUGUUACUGUAACAGGCAGAUGCCAUUUUAUUAGAAUCCAGGAAAGGCUGCGAGUCUCUGAGCGUUAGCGUGCGGUCUCACAGCUCUUCCACAGAGAGGGAGAAACACUGGUGACCACGCCUCGGCUGUGAAAGAUCACAACUGCUGUUCAUUGACGAUGUUUCCAGAAAACGAAACGAGAAACCGUCUCGUGGUGCUGUUUUCUGGUCUGUGUGGAGAACGUGUGUUUUCUUGGAAAUGCUCCUCGACAGCGACAUGAGUCUUUAGCGGUCUCUGUUACUGCCCUUCUGAUAAGGACGUUUCAGCCAAAUCCGACUCGUGUGUUUCUGUGAUGAUGUGAACUCUCGUGACUACUUUAUUCUCGAUUGUCGAUGUCAAUUUCCCAAAAGAAAUUCCACGCCACUGCGACGCAGGUGAACUGUGUUAUUCAGCGCAGCCCCCACACAGCGCCAUCUAUGGGUAGCAGUCCUGAAACACUUGUUAGUUUUUUGUUAACUGGAACACUUUGAAAUGCUGUUUUAAGGCCGUCACCAAACCAAAGUGAACGGGUAUUACCUCCUACACCAUCACGUCUGUGAGUACAUGCUGUAGCCGUCUGCUCCGUGCGCUCUCUGUAUAUACAGCUUCUCUUUUAUCACUGGAACUUUGUUUUUUUUUCAGUGUUCUCGCGUACUGUAUCAAUAGAAAGGUUUACAAGUGUUUUAACUCACAUUUGACUAAGAACUGCAUCAUAUUUUGAAAAAUGCACAAGUCUUUGUAAAGAACCUUUUUGACUUUCAGGCUCUUUUACAGAUAUGGUGCUUCAAAAGUCACUUCAAGUGCCGCCAGGAUCUUUUUCCUGAGUUGAACGGCCUUUCACAAACCAAAAACUUCAUGUUUACAUGCUUCAUUAAUAACUGCUGAACUCGUUGAAUGUUUUUGCUGGAAAACAAAAAAAAAAGUUUUUGUAAACUGCUCUUUAAAACAUUUUAUAUGAUAGUUUAUAUUAACACAGUAUAAAGCUCGCUUUCUAAUGUUGUAGUGCAGAGUAGCUCGUAUUAAUAAGACGUUAUUGAUGUUUUUUUUAUGAAAAGUGAGGACGCCUGUGUGUGACCUAUAAUCCCAUUGAAAACUUUUCUUUUACCUCUUUAUAAAUCUUUUAUGAAAAAGCAAAAAAACAAAAAACAUUUUUACACUUUAUUUUAUUAGAGGAAAACAUUGCUGUAUUUUUGUGUACUUUCUAUAGCAGCAUAUAUAAUUUU